UUCCGCACGGGGGAGGGAGCCGACGUCAAACGCGGCCGGUUCGUCACCUCAUCCCGCCAGGCUUGGAAUCGUGGCCUGCGCUCCGGAUGGUGCGCGCGCGGCGCGCGCUUCAUCGCACCAUCAACACUCUCCCUGCUGCUUGUCCGCGCCGAACGGGAAUCGUCGACGUCUCGCGAGCCGCGGAUCGAGCUACUAGAUAGAUAGGUAGCCAUCUUCGAUCGCCGCCGAUGGGGGACGGGUGUAGCAGCCGCGCCGACGGAGACGAGAAGGCCUCCUCCUCCUCCGGUGUCGCUCGGGUCGUCUGGUUCAGACAGAUGCUCCACCGCUGGCAGCCCUCCUCCAGGCGCGGCGGUGGCGAUGGAUGUGGCGACGAAGCCGGUCCCAACGCCUCUACAGAUCAGCGGAGCAGUGACGCCGUCCCCGCCGCCGCACCUGCCGAUCAAGACAGGGAUGGAUAGCCUUCCGCUGCUGCCGGCGGCGCCAGAUUGCGCGGCGGAACGGCGGCGCCUGCUGCUGCGGGUGGCGGUCGUGGAGGAGCGCGGGGGCGACGUGGGCGCGGAGCGGCGGCGGUUCGUGGUGCCGACGGCGUACCUGGGCGCGCCGGCGUUCCGGCGGCUGCUGGAGAAGGCGGAGGAGGAGUUCGAGUUCCACUACCACGGCGGCGCCCUCACCAUCCCCUGCGACACCGAGGCGUUCAAGUACAUCCUCCUCGUCACGGACAGCCAGGGCCUCGCCGCCGACGACACGAAAGGCGGAACGCCAAGGAAGGAGGACGGAGAGAGCGAGGCGCGUCGUCCCGAUGACGAGCCCGCAGCAGACGGUGUUGCCCCCAUGAACCAUGGGACGUAGGAAAAGGGUAUUAAAACAAGAGGCUACUGAGAUUGUAACUGUAAGCAAGCGAGUGCUGCUCAGCUCGUCACGAGUCCAUGCCAUGGCGGCAUGGCCGAUGAGCAGCUCGCUCGGAGCAGUCGUCGCAAGCUGUAACAUGGGCGGCGCAUCUGCCCGCCCCGGACGCGACGCGGCGUCCGACGCCAC